AUGUCGUCGAUCAAGGAACCAGCCGCAACGUCCAGCCAACCAGCCGACAUGAGCGACGGCAGCGACAAGGCGCAGGACAUCCUAGCGACUGCCUCCAGCGGGAACAAUACCGACGUCGAAGAUGCCGAAGAGGCCCGAAGACGAGCUCUCGCGGCCUUGACUCCCGAGGAGGAAAAGAGUCUCUUGCGGCGUAUCGACUGGCACUUGAUGCCACUCUGCUCUCUGAUUUUCAUGUUCAAGAAUCUCGAUGUCUCAAACGCGCGUAUUAUGAAUCGCGGCACAAGUCAAAAUAUCAUGACCCAGUUGGCCAUGACGGCAGAUGACUACAACUUGGUAACAGUCAUGUACUAUAUCCCCUAUAUCAUUGGCGAGGCACCAUCGAACCUGCUUCUCAAACGAUUCUCGCCCUCCAAGUGGCAAUCUCGAAUCAUGAUCACAUGGGGCAUUGUUUUGGCAUGCCACUGUGCUGUCACCAACAAGAGUGGUCUAUAUGCUGCUCGAUUCUUUCUAGGUUUGGCCGAGGCUGGUCAAUUUCCUGGUGUUAUCUUGCAAAUGUGCUACUGGUAUCGACCAGAUGAAAUGUCUCUUCGACUUCUUUAUUUCUACAUUUGUGGCAAUCUAUCUGGGAUAUUCAGUGGAAUCCUCGCAUAUGCUUUUGACCUUGCGUCCGGAAGAGGUGGUCUCUCUGGCUGGCAAUGGCUCAUGCUCGUCGAGGCAAUCGCGACUAUAAUCCUCGGCUCGGCCAUUUGGUUUCUGCUGCCGGAUUUCCCCGAGACUGCAUCUUGGUUGUCCGAAAAGGAAAAGGCCUUCAUCCAGGCUCGCUUACCUCCCAACGCUCCACGAGCCAAGGAACAGCACUUCAAGUGGAGGGAAAUUGUCGAGUCCCUCAAAGACACUCGCCUUUGGCUAUUUACCUUGAUUUGGGCGACAUUUACUGUAGGCACCUCGGGAGUUAGGUUCUAUCAGUCCACCGUCAUUGCUGAUUUGGGAUUUACGAGCAUUGCCGCCGCUCAAUUGCUGAAUCUACCCAUCACAGUACUGGGGCUCAUCGUCAUUGGAGUGACGGGCGUGUUUGCUGAUAAUGGUCGCUUUCCUCGACCUCUCUAUCCACUGACUUUCCUGGUCAUCAUUCUGGCCUGUUAUUCCGUCAUGGUGGCAUAUCCAAACAAUGGAGGCGUAUACGCUGCGACCAUGAUAGGAAAUGCUGUUACAGCUGCUUGGUUCCCUACCAUGUGGCCAUGGAGGGUGCAGACGACAAGCCGUGCAACCGGUUCUGCUUUCUCUAUAGGCUUUGUCAACUCAUAUGGGCAGAUCGGAGGUGCCAUUGGUCCACAGCUCUUCAGGAGCGCGUAUGCUCCUCGUUACCAGCUGUCCUUUGGUGUUGCAAUGGCUCUUGUUGGGUGUUGCGCCUUUACGACAUUGGUGACCUGGUGGGUUACUCGCGACAUUGAGGUUGAGACUAGACGAUUGAAGCGCCAGAAGGUUGAGGCGGCAAAGAGGGGCGAGACCGUGUUUCAAGAUAUAGCUGCCGAGGAUGAGUUGAGAAAGGCCCGGGCUGUUCCGCAAGGCAUCGAGGAUGCUUAG